GCCGCCACUUCCAAUCACAGCAGCCCGGUGUUUGACCUUUAUUUUUCCUACAGUUUGGUGACUCUCUGGUCACUAUUAUUAAUCCAUAAGCAAUUCUAUUCUUGCUCAGGUUUAUUAUUGCGUCUCUUUUCUGAUUAUUUGCUUCUUUUCGUGGGCUGGAUUACUUCUUUCCCUGCAUCAUCUUCCUGUUAAGCUGCGUGUGUGUAGGUGCCUGUCGCCACCUCCUUGCUACGAAGGCCGAAGAUUCUGAACUGUCGUAUUGCGCUUAUCUCGUCGUGAGAAUACUCGUGUUCUAUUGUUCUUUGUAAUAUUUGUAUAAACACAACUGUUUUUGUUGGUCUUUAUUUGUCUUUUCUCUUUCUUCUUUUUCCAUUCUCUCUCUUUUCUCUGCCUUCUCGCGAUGGUCGUCAACACCUGGCAUCAACCAUCGUCGACCUUCUCCCUCGACUCAAAAGCCACCCGCAACACACCGGCCUACGUCCCUUUUUCUGGCGACAACGGUGGUCUCAAAGUCUCCUACCACAACAACGAAGAUGUCAGCCGAUAUCAUUUCGGCACACGGCAUCCAAUGAAGCCCUUCCGGCUCAUGCUCACAGACCACCUCGUGCUAGGUUACCACCUUCACGAGAAGAUGGAUUACUACAAAACCCGUCGCGCGACGGAAGAAGAAAUCCUGCAGUUUCACUCGGAAGACUACAUUGACUUCCUCCAGCGCGUCACGCCAGAAAAUCGCUCAGAGUUUGAGUCCGUGUGGUCGAAAUUCAAUAUCGGCGACGACUGUCCUAUCUUUGACGGUAUAUAUGACUACUGCAGCAUCUACGCCGGCGGAUCACUCGACGCGUCGCGGAAACUCAUCUCGGGUCAGUCUGAUAUCGCAAUCAACUGGUCUGGCGGACUGCAUCACGCCAAAAAAUUCGAGGCCUCAGGGUUUUGCUACGUCAACGAUAUCGUGCUCGGUAUCCUCAACCUCCUGCGCUACCAUCCCCGUGUGCUCUACAUCGACAUCGACCUUCACCACGGCGACGGCGUCCAAGAAGCUUUCUACUCCACCGACCGAGUCAUGACUCUCUCGUUCCACAAAUACAAUGGCGAGUUUUUCCCCGGCACGGGAAAUUUCGAGGAAAUUGGCACCGGUCUGGGAACCCACCACUCGCUCAACGUGCCGCUCCGCGACGGCAUCGACGACUUUUCCUACAUCCAGCUGUUCCAGAGCAUAGUCGAGCCUGUCAUUUCGACAUAUCACCCGACCGCAGUCGUGCUGCAGUGCGGCGCCGACUCCCUGGGCUGCGACCGGCUCGGCUGCUUCAACCUCAACAUCCGCGCCCACGGCGAAUGCGUGCGGUUUGUCAAGUCGUUCGGAUUGCCGAUGAUGGUCGUCGGCGGUGGAGGAUACACGCCGCGCAAUGUUUCGCGCGCAUGGGCGUACGAGACAUCGGUGCUGCUCAAUGUCGAGCUCGACACACAGCUUCCGCAGGAGAUCCCGUUUCUCAACUACUUUGGCCCCGACUACAGCCUACACCCAAAUCUGGCGGGUAAGGUUGACAACCGCAACACGAAGAAAUAUCUCGACAACGUGAAGCACAGGGUGCUAGAGCAGCUGCGGUAUCUGCAGGGCGCGCCGAGUGUGCAGAUGCAGCUGCAGCCGCCUGAUAUAGAAGGGUUUCUGGAGGACGAGGAGGAGCGGUUAAAGGAGGAGCGCGAGCGGAAGCACGAGGCUGAGGUCAGGGCCGAGAAAGAGAUGAAGGAUCGCGCGCGGGUUGGGGAGUUGUACGCAUAGCACUUAAAACUGUUGAGGGCAUUUGGUUGUACAUUAUUAAGCAGUAUUGGUAUUUAUCAAGUAGACGUACAUUUAUCUUCAUUAUCGAGUAGACGUACAUUUCUUUGCGAUAACGGGCACGAUAUCUCCCGAGAACCGAUGAUCUGCAAUCUUCUGCGGUGGUUCCUCUUACGUCAUAGCUCUUCCGGAUUAAGUU